AUGGGAGAAAAAAACACCACCUUGACCAAUAUACCCGAUGAAUUAACCAUGCAAAUCGCUGCGCUACUAAGAAACGGUCUCGGUGGGCAACCAACAACAACCAAUUCCGAGAAUCUCUCUCUUGGAAUCAAACUCGAAGGGGAUAACUAUGCGUUAUGGGCAACCCUAAUGAAAAAAGCUAUUGGAGGUAGGGGGAGAAGUUCUCACAUUACCGGGGAACCGUCACCUCCUUCAAAAAGUGAUGCAACUUUGGUGAAUAAUGUCUCGCAGUAUCCAACUACGAAGGCCCUUUGGGAUGGUCUUGCAGUUACAUAUGGUUCGGAAACAGACUCGUUGCAGGUAUUUGAUCUUCACAAAAGGGCUAAUUCAUUGAGGCAAGGAGGAGAUACCUUAGAAGAUUGCUGGAACAAAUUACAAAAAAUUUGGAUGACCAUCGACAGAAGAGACCCGAACCCGAUGAAACAUGCUGAAGAUAUACAAAUCUACAAUAACAAAAUUCAAGAGCAGAGACUCUAUCAGCUGUUAAUGGCCAUUGAUGACAAGUUGGAACCAAUUAAGCGGGACAUCUUAAAAAAGGAUCCUCUCCCUUCGGUUGAAGCCGCAUAUGCGACGGUACGGCGAGAAGUAGCAAGACUCAAUAUUCUGAAACCUGGUACCACUGAAAUUGACAGGCCAUCUGAAAUCGGCCUGGGUCUGGUAGGAAGGGAAUCAACAGGAAGACCUAAAACCCGUUCAGAGCCACAACGAGAUAAAGAUAAAGAAGACAAAUCGAAGUUAUAUUGUACCCAUUGUAGGAUGAAAAGACAUACCAAGGAGACAUGCUUCAAGAUUGUUGGUUAUCCUGAAUGGUGGGAGAAGCCGGGGCAGAAAGGCAAGGCGGCUGCCGCAAUUGGAAGCCAGGACGCCGGCGGCGAAUCAGAGAAAUUGGCGCCUUCUGAACAGGAGGAAGACCUGAUUGGUUUUGGGGGCGUGGCUAUGGGAAUCGAUCAAAAAAAUGCAACAGGUAAAGGGUUUUGGAGAAACUAUACUCCAGACCCUUCAAUUCUUAAUCCCAAAUAUUUUAGUCCAAAUUGUUUUGAGUAUGACAAGCAGGUCCCUGGCAAUGUUAAUCUAAAAUCUAAAGCAUAUCAAACUAGUUCCUCAUCUAAUACUAGUUCAAAAAAAAUAGCCAAAUGGAUUUUUGAUUGUGGAGCUACGGAUACUAUGACAUAUGAUCAUAAAGAUAUCUUAAACAUGUCUCCCUCAUCCAAAACUUAUAUUGAAACCGCAAGCGGAGAACGGGUUAAGGUCGAAGGAGGAGGUUCAAUUGAAUUCUCUAAUAAAAUGAAGCUAAACAAGUGUCUCUAUAUACCAACAUUAUCCUCAAAAUUGUUGUCUGUUAGCCAUGUGACAAAAGAAUUGAACUGUGUGGUACUAAUGUAUCCAACAUUUUGCAUUUUGCAGGACAUUCGUACGAAGGAGAUAAUUGGGCGUGGUACUGAGAGAGGAGGCCUCUACUAUGUUGAUGAGGUGACUCAUAAGGGACAUGCCAUGCUUGCUCACGGAACGGCUGAUAGGCAACUUUGGUUAUGGCAUCGUCGUCUUGGCCAUCCGUCAUUUGGGUAUCUUAAGUCGUUAUUUCCGAGUCUUUUUUUGAAUAAAUCCACUGAUAUGAAGUGUGAAACUUGUAUUCUUGCUAAAAACCAUAGAGUGUCCUUUGACCAAAGUAAUACUCGAGUUAAGUCUGUGUUCUCUUUGAUACAUUCUGAUGUUUGGGGUCCAGCUCCAAAUUCUGAUAAAAAUCGAUUUAAAUAUUUUGUGUCAUUUGUUGAUGAUUUUUCUCGAAUGACUUGGGUAUAUUUUAUGAAACAUAAAUCGGAGGUUCCUGAAAAAUUCUUUAUGUUUUAUAAAAUGACUCAAACGCAGUUCAAAAAGAAAAUACAAAUUCUUCGCUCUGAUAACGGUGGAGAGUUUGUAAAUCAGUCGAUGAAAAAUUUCUUUUAG